AUGCCUGCUGGUCCGCGGGCACUGCAUUCAGCAGUCGGCGCAGUAUCCGGAGCGCCACAGGUCCUCCGUUGGUGUUGUGCGCCAUCGUACAGUGCCUUUCUGCAUCCGCAGACUAUUACGGGCCCGAUGAUGUGGGGCCCAUUUGUACUUUUCCCGACACCCCACAGAGGCCACGUCCCUGGAUGCCACAGGGCCAGAGGAACACCGACGUACUGGCGGUGGAGGCGAGGAACGGAAUGGCGACGUUGGCAAGCAGUAAAGCCAGCAACGGGCGGCCGUGGGACGGCGCGCGCGGCCUGCCGGACGUGCUCGAUGGCACUCUGGACGCCGGAGGCGAAACCGGCACGGAAGACAGCGCGUCAGACGACGACAGCUACCGCACGGACGAAAUUGAGGCCGCAGACUAUCGGCGCGAGCUGCUGGACGCGCAGCAGCACUGGGAGCAGUCGCUGGAGCAGCUGCGGCAGCUGGUCAACUGGCUGCUGCUGCCCCUCAUAG